UUGAAAAAAAAUUUUACUUUUAUAAAUGAAAAAAUCAUUAUUAGUUGAGAAAACAUUGAUGAAAGAUGCAUUCUAUAAUAUGGUUGUUAUUAUUUAUUAUCAUCAAUUAUACAUGUGCUUUAAAAAACUUAAAUAAAAAUUCUACAAGUGAAUUAUUGACAAAAGUAAAAUCGCAUGGAUGUUUUUGUGGAAUAUUUAUGGGCGGACAAUUUAAAAAAGGAAGCAAGGAACAACCAAAGGAAAAGGCAAUUUUAUCACAAAAACAAACGGUCUCAACUUCGUGUAAUUCAAUUGGAAAUCGAAUUUGUUUAAACAGUUGUUUAAAUACUGCUCUAAAAUAUAUUUCAAAUGGCGGAGAAAUUCUGUGCGGUUCAUUGGGACGUGAUUGUAUUAAAGAACGAGCAUAUUUAUUCUAUAAAAAUUGUAAGGAUGAAUGGAUCAAUACAAAUCUAUCGAGAGAAUUUUGCUGCAAAGAUGGAAAUCCUUACAAGUGUCCUGUUAGAUUAAUUGAAGCAUUAAAAGUCCGAUAAAAAAAAAAUAUAUAAACUUAUUUAUAAUAAUAAUAUUAUUUGCAUGCAAUAAAAAAAAAUCUGUCUUUUUUCCUAAA